CGUCGUUUACACAUCUGUGAGUCUUUUUUUGUACCGUAGUACGCUAAAUCACCGUAAAAAAUGUGAACUGUCAGAAAUGACAUGCCCUUGUUUACGAGUGCCAUUAUUGCUUGGAACUACUCAGUUACAAGUUUGUAAAUGCGAUUACAGUUCGUACUGUUCACGUUCAGAACUUAUCAUCUACACAAAUAGUCUACAUAUUUUCCUGUUCAUCAGUUACACGCUUGCAAAUUGGAUUUUUCAACUAUAUAUUUAUUUUUCUAAAACGUAAUAUUUUUGUCAAUGAUUUACCUAAAUAAUUAUGAAUACACAAACUGUGUGGAGAGAAGCUGCGCUGCUCUGUUGCAGAACCUUCGCUGAGGCAGUAGCGUGAUCACGCAUAGACUCUCUGCCUCUUACAACUCAUACUCAUAUCUAGCCACAGCAUGGGCGCUCAGGCAGAAAGCACCGGAGUCAAGAGCAUCAACAACGAGGACACAGAGGAACAGUACCGCGCUCUAGCCUACGACACCGCAUUCAGCACUUUGGUAGCCGUGGUGGUUUACGUGGUGGUCAAAGUUAGCCUAGACGGGAUCAGGCAAUGGCGGGCCAGGAUCUCGGUUCUAAUAGUGGGCUCGGGUCCCGUGGGGCUAACGGCCGCGCUAGUCGCUGUUCGCUCAGGGAAGGUGCUGAAGCUGACACUACUGGAUGAGAGGUACCGCACGGCGCUGCUCUGCCGCCCCCAGCAGAUUGCCCUAGACCCAUGCAGCGUGAAGUUCCUUCUCGGACUGGGGGUCGACUUUGAUAACAUGGAGGGCUGCUGGCACAAUGAACACUUCUUUACCAAAAUAGGAGUGUUUCAGGAGUACCUGCUAAGCAUACUCGAGCAGAAGAGACAGAAGGUGGAUAUCAAGAUUCACCUGGGAACCAAGUUUACAGAGGAGUACCUACGGAGGAUCUCGGGCUCUGAGUGGCCACGUGUGAUCGUGGUGGCUGAUGGGUCGUGUGGGGACUCAUGCUCAGUGCUGGGUAUCAGCUCAGACUACACCGUAGAGACCUGCUACGCAUAUGGGGCUAAUGCUACCAUAGAGAGGCUGGACCAGAGACAGGUGCCGACCCCAGAGAUCCGAGCCCACAAUCUGUUCUUUGACCUGUCUGCAUAUGGAGUGGAGGCUCUCAGGGAGCAGAGAAGCUCUGCUGUCAAGCCAGCGUUCCACCUCAAGAUAUACGGAACCUUUCGGAACCGUUACAUGGCUCUGGUCUGCCCUGCUUCAGACGCCAAGAUGGUCAGAUUCCUUCGACACACUGCCAACUCCUCUGUCAUGAGGAACAUCUUCCACCAGUCUUUUAAUGCGUAUAAGACGGACAUCGAGCCCCGUCUCAGUGAGCUGACCCUGCACCACAUGCAGUGCAGCAGACGUCUGUUUGAGGUCCAGCUGUCUCACCGGAGAGUCAGCGCUGCCUACAUCGAGGGAGACAAUGUGUCUGUCACUGUGGAAGGGGAGGCCGUACGUGUGCUCAACUUCGACACAGGUUGUGGGGUGAACCUGGGGAUGAGGGGUCUUGAGUCCCUGGGGACGUUUAUCUACCGCACGGCCACAGCUGUCGACCAGAACGAUGUGUUGGAGGCCCUGUCCGCCAAGAUACAGCACUCCAGGCAGGUGGCUGAGACCUUCAGACAUGGUGGUCUGGGAGACACCAUGUUCCAGUGACUGCAGGGAGAGCACAGGGACACUGUCUCCAGAGGCCUGGCCUGACUGUUAGCUGACAGAGUAAUACGGCUUUUACACAAAUUGUAAGGGUUCUCCACCAGCGAAGUGAGCAACAGAACACUCGCAGUGCUGAUGUGAUCUGUAUCUUGACUGCUGAUGUCUAUGGAUAGGACUGAUUACCAUCGAAGUGCUUUCAUCAGGUCUGGCUGGUCAAAUCUGUGGUGAUGGAGACAGUGAAAUCGAAUGAGAUAAGGAGAACAUUUUUCUGUUGGACUGCUGUGUGGCUUAGCUUUUGUGUGUGGUUUGCCGAAGACCAUGUCUCUUAAUGGCUUCCUUUUCUCAUCUAACACAUCAUGUAGAUUGAAAUUCAGGAAUAAUGGGAAUCAAUUGCUAUCAAUGUUCUGUGAGUUCAACUGAAAUUUGAAUAUUGUUGUGAUUCUGGGUUUUUUCUUUCCAGUGAAGUUCUCUAUCUUGUGAGAUGUUCCUUACAUUAUGUCCUGAUUGAGCUUUCUGACACCUUUGGAAGAUGUUACAGUAUGUGCCUGGUGCAACUCAUUAACCUUGGAUAUCAACGAGAAUGAAACAAAUAGUUUCCGUUGUAACGACCCCUUUUGGUUGUAGAAAUGUUUACUGAUAAUGAGCAGCUUUUUAAGAAAAGGAACUGCAUCUGAUCAGGUCUGGUGGUAUUGUAAAAGGAAGCUGAGUUUCUGGCAGAUUGAUACAGUAUUUUCCUGUCCAGUUCCCUAUAUUGUAUCCACUAAUGUAAAAACAUUAUAGGUUAAAACAUUAUUAGCAGAUGAUAAUGAGGUGGGGAGGAAACUAUUUUGUGAUAAUGCACCCAAAGGAACACAGGAAAAUGUUAAGGGAGCUUUUUGUGGUAUUAUGUCCCAAUGACCAUGAAGAGGAUUGAGUGAGUAAUUAACAUGGAAUCCCUGGCACUGAUUAGUCCUUAUUUUUUUAUUAUUUAUCAUUAGUUACUAGCAUUUAUUGAAAUUGUUUCUUGUAAUUAUUUCACUUUACAGUAAUAAUAUAACUAAUCCAAUUUGUACUAGUAACUAUUUCCGUUUAUUUUUGAUAAUAUGUUCUCAUUAAACUGAUUCUUGUAACUUUUCUUUUUUUCACAAAUGUCUAUUAAAUUUUUCUAGUAAAACAUUUCAAUAUAUAAAAGUUUCAAUUCCACACUACUGGUGACUAUUCUCAUUGUUAACAGUUGCAUUUCCAUUCUCAUAAGUAAAAAUGUAAUUACAAGUAGAAUAAAUGUGUGGACAAAAUGGCAUAAAUGUGUGGACAAAAUGGCAUAAAUGUGUGGACAAAAUGGCCUUAAUGUGUGGACAAAUUCAAUUCAGAAGAGGCUCUGAGAUGCAAAUCCACCUCUACAACCAGUGACCAGUGUAGAAAGCACUAGUUGCUUUAAAAGGAUGACUGGUCAGCUCUGGGGAGUACAUGUUAAAACAGCUUGCCAUAGAAAAAUGUACUCAUUGUAAUGAUA